AUGGUGAAGGAGUCGUGGUCGCUUUCGGUUGAUGCCCGGUGUCCGAUGCUUCGUGUUAUGCUGAAACUUAAAAGGUUGAAGGGGGAUAUUAAAGUUUGGAACAAAGAGAUUUUUGGGAACGUGGACACCUCCAUCUCUCAACUCCAACGACAGCUCAUGGACACUCAGAAUCGGAUCUCAGAGUCGGGCUAUACGGACGCCUGGUUUGAAGAGGAGGUGAGCCUUCAAGCCAAGUUGAACGUUGCUCUCAAUCGGAAGAAUAGCUUGCUUCAGCAAAAGAGUCGUAUUUCUUGGCUUAAGGAUGGCGAUCGGAAUACUGGAUUUUUUCACAGAAUGACUAAGUUCAAGAAGAAAAAUGCUCCGAUUUCACACCUGAAGAUUGAUGGGGUUGACUGUUAUGAUCCGAGGGUCAUUGAGCAGCAUGUUGUUAGUCUCUUUGCGGAGUUAUUCAAGGAUGAUGGAAAUUCGGGAGUGGACCACCUUGAGAUUGAUGCUCUGAUUGAUGCUGCUGUUACAGAAAGACAAAACUUUGAGCUUGUUCGUCUCCCUCAGGAGUGCGAGAUCAAGGCGACGGUUUUUAGUAUGGAUGCCAACAGUGCACCUGGUCCUGAUGGUUUUUCUGGGCAUUUUUUUCACACUUGUUGGGAUAUUAUUAAGGAUGAUAUCGUGGGAGCUGUUCAGGCAUUUUCCGGUAUUCUUAUCUUCCCACUGGUUGUAACUCUAGUACGAUGCGUGAUUGCGGUGACUCACGUCUCGAGCAACCAGUUCGGUUUCAUCAGCGGUCGUAAUAUCCAUGAUUGUAUUAUGGUUUUGAGAGCGAAUGGUUAUCAUGAGACUUUUAUCAAUUGGAUUUCGAUAAUUUUCAAAUCCGCCAGGCUCUCUAUUCUUUAUAAUGGGCAGCUCACUGGAUACUUUCCUUGCUCUCGUGGGGUGAGGCAAGGCGACCCGCUUUCUCCCAUUCUUUUUGGGAUUGCAGAAGAUGUCCUUAGCCAUCUUAUUAGCAGUUGUGUGCAUUCGAAACAUCUGGUGCCUAUGAGGUUCAGCCGUGCGACUAACUUCCCUACUCAUAUGUUUUAUGCAGAUGAUAUUAUCAUUUUCUGCAAUGCCACCAUUCGGAAUGCCUGCAAACUGAGUCAGGAGAAAUCGAAUGUGUUCUUUGGGAAAGGAGUUCCUAUUGCUCGUAGAAGGGGCAUUUAG